AUGGCUGUUUUUGCUUUUCGAGUUCGAUCUUCGAUAUGUCACUCGCAAAUCUGUCAAAGGGAGAGCUGUAGCAGAGUUCUUGGCAAACCACUCGAUCGAUGGAGAAGAAGAACAGGGAGUACGAACUGGGAGUACGAAGUAUCGGAUGUGGAGAUCGUGCAGUUGGAAGAGGACACUUGGAAAUUGUAUUUUGACGGAGCUACCAAUCAGUGUGGAUAUGGGAUAAGAGUAUUGCUCAUAGCAUCAGAUGACUUGGAAGUACCUUUGGCCUUCAAACUUCAGUUUGAAGUGUCCAACAAUCAGGCAGAGUAUAAGGCAAGAAUAGUUAGACGAAAAGCUUCCCUAGAACUAGGGGCAAUAAGAUUAGAUGUGAUUGGAGAUUCAAAGUUGGUUGUGUCUCAAGCUAACGGGGAUUGGAAAGUGAAGGAAGAGAAAAUGAAAGUCCAUCAUCAGACCUUGGAUAUGGUGAUCUAA